AUGGGCACCGGUUUUCCCCGUUUGAGGAGCUUUGUCAGCAGCAAAAUCUCGAACCCGCUGCAAAAUCCAACACAUUUCUCCUCCGCCCGCGCUACUCAUUUUCGUGGAACGAUUCUAGCUUUCUCGGCAAAAAUGGCCUCCGGGUCGCCCUCAUCCCAACUCACUCACACCAUCGACGACCUCCCCGGUCAACUCGGCCAACCAGUCACCGUCGUGGCCGCUGGUGGCGUCUCAGAUUUUGAUUUCAGGAAUGCUAUCGAAAGUACACUGUUCAAACAGUGGCUGAAAAAUAUUCAAACUAGAACAGGGUUGCUGUCUAGGGGGGAUAUGUCUGUUACCAAAGUUAUCAUUCAGAAUGUUGAUAUGUUUGGCAAUCGUGUUGGAUUUCUGAAGUUCAAAGCUGACGUAAUUGAUAAACAAACAGGGAACAAGGUUCCUGGAGUUGUUUUUGCACGAGGUCCAGCUGUUGCAGUGCUAAUUCUCUUGGAAUCAGAUGGAGAGACCUAUGCAGUGCUGACAGAGCAGGUUAGGGUCCCUGUUGGGAGGCUUAUAUUGGAGUUACCGGCCGGAAUGUUGGAUGAUGACAAAGGUGAUGUAGUUGGAACAGCUGUUCGUGAGGUUGAGGAGGAGACUGGAUUGCACUUGAAUCUGGAUGACCUUGUUGAUCUCACUGCCUUUCUAGAUCCUUCUACUGGGAAUAGAGUUUUUCCUUCCCCGGGCGGAUGUGAUGAAGAAAUCGGCCUGUUUUUGUACAGAGGCAGUGUGGAUAAAGAGAUUAUUAAACAGCUGCAAGGUAAAGAAACUGGUCUACGGGAUCAUGGCGAGCUGAUCCGUGUGCACGUCGUCCCCUACAAGAACCUGUGGCGGAUGACCUCUGAUGCUAAAGUCCUUAUGGCUAUUGCUCUCUAUGAGAUGGCCAUGAGAGAUGGAUUUCUCCCAACAGCUUGA